AUGAAGACGAGUAGUAUGUGCCACUGGCUAUACACCUGCAGCCAGAAGAAUCAGUUGACUUGCAAAAGGGGCAAUCUGACUAAUCAAAACCAUGAAAGUCAGAGCUCGGUACGGUAUGGAAGAGAAGGAGAAACACCCUUGGCUGAUGAAGCCUAUCAUCCUCAUCCUCAACCACCGAGUAACAUGAAUGCCGAGACAUGUUUUACUAUGGUAAUAACUGGAUGUAGUAGCGACGCCGAAGCAUUGUGGCAGAUGGAGGGAGGGGGAGCUAUUAGUGGACAGCGGACAAGAAACGCCUUUUAUGUCUCACUUUCGUAUGGGAUAGAACUGCGAGAGUCGGUGAAUGCCGGAGGAAACCUCCUCAGGGUGAAAAUGGAAUGUCUUGGUAAAAUUCGUAAAAUCGAGAACUGCAUUAACGAUAUAGUCGAUUUCGUCGAUACGUGGAGAAAUCUCAGUGCGCAGUUAGAAGCUACAAGAAAGAUGCCGCGGUAUACAUCGUUAAUGCUACAUUCGGCAAAUUGGCAAUCACGAUUAAUGGCACGAAUCGAGCUUGAAAUCGAUAUAGUUGCUAGCAAACUGUCCGAAAAAUGGAAACAAAUUGAGGAAGUUGCCAAUAUGCUGAACGACUUUGUCGCAGUUGAUUGCCAGUCUCAAAAGACUAUACUAUCGUCUUGUCUUCGAGAAGAUCUUCAGAAUCUUCUGUCAUAUCUUAUGGUAGAGGUAAUGAACUGGUUUGAAAUGCAGAGUAAAGUGACUUAUCCUGCAGUUAUUGCGUCCAUGAAACCAAAUCUCAAAGUGGAAAAAGCCAUCGCGUUCUGCCAACAAAGUUUACAAGCUAUCGCAAACCAUACACCCAAAAAAUCCUCUUGAUUUCUUGCCUUUGUAUAGCUUUAUUUAUCUAAUAAAAUAAAUACUAAAGAGUUCCUC